ACAUCCACUCAUAAAAGCUUUGAAAAGUGUAAGAAAUGUCUGAAAGAGAAAGAAAGCGGGGCUUAAGAAGUGGCAGCAAAAGACCUCAUUUCCAUUCGGAGAAUACGAAAGAAAAGAACUCUGCCUCUGAGAAAUCUAACAUAAAAAGAAUAUGUAACAAUUCUGACAAGAAAGAUUUACAAAUUCGCAAAAGAAAACAAGGACUCGGUCAGAUAAAGACGGAAUCAACAUGGUAUUGCUCGUGGACAUUAUUUCCUCACUUGAUGUAUUUAUACAAUUUAACAUGCGACUUCGUCAAACGUUAUAGAACUUACCUUGGAGAUUGCAAGCCUCUGAACUGUCUCAGAAACCCACUAGAAGACUUCAACGUACAGAUCGAUAUCAAAGAAGAUGGCAGACUUCUAGAAAAAGAAUGUUGUAAAAAUGGUUUUGAAGAAAAUGUAUGGCCAGAAGUUCUUAAAUGCGUUGUAAAGGACGAGGCUUCUUUCCAAAUAACUGACGAGGCUAUACAAAUGAAUACAAAAGCUCGUCAGAUAUUACAAGAUGCAAUUAACGAAAACAGGAAGCCAUUAUUUGAAAUCCAGAAAUUUUUCUCUAAUCCUGUUAUGAAGAAUAUCCACGAAGCAAUGACAGAAAUACUGGAAAGGCCAAUACAUGGCUUUUUAAAUAAAGUACGAUCCGCAGUUUUGAAACUCGGUUCCCAAUCCCUGCAAAAUGAACUGGACAUGUUGCUAAAGCUUAAGAUUGUAAAGCCAACCGCACCCUCUGUUAAGUCCUGCAUCGAAUCUUAUCCAUCAAACGACAACAAAAAUAGAAUACCAGAAAAUAUAAAGGAUUAUCUUUGCAGAAAACGAGAAGUUGUAGGAUUUGGCCUCUGGUGGAACGGAGAUUUCAUUGUGCUUGUAAACAAAAAGGAAAAAUCUCGUCACCUUGAAACAAAUCUUCUCCUAAUUGGUGACAAGUUUUUCCAACACUGGUCUCUCAAAGUACAUGAAAGUAAUUUGAAAUUUGAAUUAUUUUUACAACAAGGCGAUAAGAUUUAUCCAUCUUCGGCUGAUGCUUCACUUUGCACUCCUGUUGUGGGUCCUUCUUCUCAAGGUACUGUUGGUGGCUUUGUUAAGGAUAGUGGGUCCAACAUUUAUGCUCUAACUUGUUCCCAUGUUUGCAAUUUAGACAAUAAACAAGCAUUUGCACACUUAUCAAAAAACUCUCCGAUAGAAAAAAUUGGAGAGUGUGUUUUUUCUGGAAACCUUGCAAGAAGUGGUGAAUGUUGUGAUAUUUCUUUAGUACAGAUAGACGGUCAUCUUGAAAAGCACUGCAAACUAUCUAUGGGAAACAGAUUUAGAGAAAAUUGUUAUGUUACGGUGGAAGAACUAAGUAAAAUUGACAAAGAUGACUUUGUACACAAAAAAGGAGCGACAACGUCGUUUACCACGGGGAAAAUCUUAUCCCGGGAGUUUCAUUGUAACAUAAUUAAUGGUGAAUCAAAAAUGUUUUUAGUUUCAGGAAUGUCAGGCAAGUUCUCCGAACGAGGAGACAGUGGAUCGAUUGUAUAUGUGAAUGAACAAAAUUCACUGCUUGAUACGAUAAGAGUCAUAGGUAUUGUAUCCGGAGGUGAAAUUGAGCAGAGAGAUUCAAAUCCGCAGGUAGACUUUGAAAAUACUACUUUCUGUUAUGAGCUCUAUAACGGCCUUGAAAUAGCAAGGACAAACAAUUUUGAUGUUUCCUUUGAAAACCAAAAACAAUCCAGCUAAAUCAGGAACUUGGAACUAAAUACAGUGUACA